UUACGAAAACUAUGAUAGUUUUCGUGAGCUCAAACUCGUGCUUGUACUGUACGCGCUAUCCGUAAGCGGCUUAACGAGUAAAGAUUUUUGUAUUUAUAAUUCAUUCAUGAAUAAAUAUGUUAUUAAUAAACCUGCAAUUGAACCUAUAAAUUAGCGCUGACAGAUUUCAAUGGCAGAUCAUCAGAUCAUUACACAGGGCGGCCACAAUGGCCGGUUAUUACGGGGCUUACUCCAUAAUUUGUCAGCAAACGGACGGCCCCGGCAGGAUCGCGUCACUUCCGCUUAGCUAGUGAUGGAUUGAUCACACAUUUACUCUGCCAAGUAGACACAAUAAUCUAGAUAAUCUAGGACCAACUUUCGAUAGGCUCUACAUAAAAAGUACCAAAUCCUUUUGAUGAUGAAAAUACUGCUUAAAAUGUCUUUAGUUUACUCGAAAUGGAUUUUCUGCGUAAUCACUGUUAAUAUUUAAUAGGCGCUCUUAACAAUAUACCAAACGUCCUAUUAAUAAACGAAGGCUAACUUGCUCGAUAUGAUAACGCAGACGCUGUGAAUGAUGCAAAAUAUAUGAACGUGGCCACAAUCUUCUUAGAACGAGAUGAGGACUUUAAGCAGGGUUAUAAAACGAAAGGAGAACCCUUAUUGGUCCCAGGCGACCCGAACACACGAAGGUGUGAGCAUUCAAUCAAGGGACGGAGUAAGUAAGAUACAGACCCGGCCCACGAUACAUGUUUGUAUCGAGAAACAAAGACCUCGUAAGCCGGGCAACAUUUUCAACAUAGCAAUAUCAAUUUAUGGUAUCGAGGAUCCAAUGUUAAGAGGAUUCAUUAAAUUUACAAUGCGGCUUAGGAGCUGAUGAACACGCUCUUCAUUAGUUCUUUUCUAACCAAAUUUAAUUAUAUAAUAUUUCACAAAGUACGGUAACAAAAAAGAUCCUCUUUCAUAAUAAUGUAAUUGCUCACAUCAAAAAUUAUUUUGUCGGUAGUUUGAAAUGGUUAAUGACUUUCCAUAUACUAAAUAAAACAUUCACUACAUAUUAUUAAGUUAACCUAACUCUAACUUUGACUAUUAUGGCAUUAAUGACAGUCUAAUACAUUUAAUUCGCUGCAAUAAAUUUUAGUCAAUUAAGUUUCAACGGUAAGAUGAAAAUCUGGUAUCAAAACAUUACCAUCACUAUAACCUCGUAGUUUGCAACUACUGCGUACUGUUUAUGAUUAGCAGCUAGUUAAUCUUCAGAAUCAUGUGGACUGUGUUGUUAGUAAUUGCGUUUACUAAAAGCGCCGUGGGAGAUGCGCCGUGGUGGAACACCGCAGUCUACUACAGGUUAUUUGUAGACUCCUUUAAAGAUGGAGAUGGUGACGGAUUAGGAGAUCUAAAUGGUGAGAUUAUUAUACCUGAAGUAGAUAAUUUUAUAAUUCAUAAAGGUUCAUAUGGGAUCUAAUUAUGGCAUGAUGCUGGACUGCUGUGAAAUUAAGGUUUAACAAUUGAUCAACGAAUCCAAUUGAAAUAAGUUACCUAAAGUUUAUUUUACCGAAUCAUCUUAGAAAAUAAGAAAAAAAUAUUGUCGAAUUCUGUAUAAAUUUAGAUAAGCGUAUAUGCAAAUUAUAGACACAAUAUUUAUUACUUCAAUCUUUCCUUCAAUACUUUGUUUUACAUCAGAUAACUUAUAGCAAUUACUUUCAGUGACGAAAAAGCUUUCAGAAGCCAUUAAAAGUUUCUACGCCGUAAUUUUGUUAUUGAUUUUACAGGAGCCACAAAACAGAUAAGUUAUGUUCGAGCUUUGGGAGCGGAUGCUGUAAUAAUGUCUCCUUUAUCAGCUAAAAGCACUGACUGUAGCAAGCCCGGAGUGGUAGAUUUCACUGAACUCGAUAAAAGGUACGGCAAUCUAAAUACCCUUGAAAACUUUCUGGAGAAAGCUAAGAAAUUAGAACUUAAAGUAGUGCUCUCCUUGCCUAUUCAAACAAUUAGCACCGCUUCUGAGUGGUUUACUUCCAGUGCUGAUAAAGUCGUAGGUUUUGAAGACAGAAUGGUUUGGAAAGAUGGAACUGUUGAUAAUAAACCACCUCUCCAGAAUGGUGUCGACGAUUGGAUUUGGCAUGAAAAUAGAUCUGCAUAUUUCGGAAUGCGUGGUAGUGAAGCAAUUCUUAAUUUCUGUUCCGAGGCGUUGGUAGCUGCCUUGUCAUCAACUCAAUGUGCUUGGUUAAGAAGAGGUGUUUCAGGUGUGAUUCUAAAACCAGAUUAUGUUCUUGACCAAACUUGCGCAGAAAAAUUGUUGCAGAAAAUGGUAGCUGAAACUACUAUCUGUGCUAGGUCUUCUAACUUGGAGAGUCCAGUUAUUCUAGUGGAAUCAUCACUUGAUGUAGAAGCAGCAGCUAAAUAUUAUGCCAACGGUAGAAUAGGGGCCAAUAGUGUUCUCAGUACGGCUCUAACAAGUCCAUCGAAGCAAACAUCACCACAAUUAGCUCUUUCCAUACUUGCUAGUCUCUUAUAUGCGCCUCAAGACUUGCUUCCCUCGUGGACUACGAGCGAGCUUUUUCAAAGUCGGAUAACAACUCGAUACGGCAGUGACACAGUUGAUGCUAUCAACUUGCUUGCGUUGGUAUUACCAGGAGCAGCAGUAAUACAACAAGGAGACGAAUUAGGUGUAGCGGAUACUAUCCUAGAAUGGGCAUCCUCUAAUGGGACAUGUUGGCCUAAUCCGAUCUUACCAUCCUCAGCACCAUUUCCUUGGAGUGACUCCAGUAAUGGUGGUUUCAGUGACGGAGAACCGUGGCUCCCCUUAGCUCCCAACUAUAGAUAUGCAAAUGCUAAAUCCGAAUUCGCAAACGAAAAUAGUCAUGUAGGAGUAUUGAAAGUGGCCGCUGCAAUGAGAAAAUCCCCAGCGAUGGGGCCUCAUGUAGAAAUCAAGCGCUUAGGAAGCGCAAUAGCUGUACUAAGAUGGGGUGGCCAUGGAUCCCUUUUGCUGGUGUCCAAUUUGGGCAAGGAGCAAAUGGAAGUGAAGCUCUCAACUAUUUAUGGUAUUCCAAAUGAGAUGUCUGUGGCGGCCAGUUCCGCGGGCUCGAGUCUCUCCGUUCGAUCGCAGGUGGCUGUUGACAAAUCGCUUAAAUUGACCCCUGGGGAGACACUGCUAUUGGCUGGAGGGCCGAGACACUGCGGGGGACCGGGGCCCGUAGACAAAAUUGCCAACAAAUUGUCCGAGGGUUGGCAAAAGAUAAAUAAGUACUUCAGUAAUUAG